AAAUGAAUACAGGCAUGCAACAUUGGCUCCUCACUGUGUAAUUAGACCUACUGUUGGAGAGGUCAUUAGUUGUCCCCAGGGCAAAACACAAUGCUGGAGCGGCUCACAUGAUUGUGCUGUGACUGUCUUCUGAGUGUAUGCUUGUGUGAAUAUUUGUGUGUGUUUUCUUCAUUGGCUGGGCCAGCGAGCUUCUCACUGCUCUCAUUUUCCUUAAUUUUCAGCUGAUGAGAGGCACUAAUCCUCGGGGGCCGCUGUCUGCCUGAAGUUCUCCAGGACAGACUGUCUCCGCCUGUUUUCUAGAGGACAAACUUCUACUGGAUGUGGAGAAGCGGUGGAGUCCUGAACGAUGUGAAGCUGAAAAUUAGGUAGACUGUGGGAAUCAGUGACUUGCUUUUUGUAACUUUUUGUAACUUUUUUUUUUUUUUUUUUUCUUCUUGGAUUAUCUGCUCUUGUGAACACUUACUACCUGCAGACUCUGGACAGAUGGGUUCAGCCUUUAAGAGGUUCUGCAUGCAGUUCUGCUGCUGCUGCUGCUGUGCUGCUGAUGAAGCCGAUGAAGAUGAAAAGCAACCUUUAGUACCUCAGGACCCGUUGGAGUAUUUUAACCGUGAGGUCCAGAAGCGACGCGAUGAGGAGACCAACUUGUGGAGUACGCCAGGAGACCGCAGCCACUCGGAGCGAGACGAUGACCGGGUCCUUUACGGCCUGCUGCAGGCCAGGACCAAGACCCGCAUGGGAUCAACGGGCUAUCGCCGUCUAAGUGUGGACAUCGAGGCCAUGAGAGAUACUCGUCGAGAAGUCAGAGAGAAAUGGAAGACCAUCUUGGAGAAUUUAGGUUUCAUGACGGAGGCAGAAUCCCUGCUGACGGUGUCUGCUGGGGCAUCACAUGACCGCAUGCGUAACGCCCCUGCAGCACGUGCCAUGCUGCAGGCGCUUCAUACUGAGACCUCUAUCUUUUUCAGCGGAGAGCCACCGCCAGAGAGAUAUCUAUUCAUCCUGGACCGCCUCAUAUACCUAGAUAUCGCUGAAGAUUUUCUGGCAAAGGCAAAGCGCUUCUUUCCUCCAACUGAUGGUUCCGAUGAGGAGACCCCCGGCCUUUCCAUAAACCUGCCACUGCUGCUGGCCAGAGUAGAACAAGCCAUGAACGGACGAGAUGAAGAAGACGGUGAGGAUCAAAGCGAUAUAGAGGAUGGAAACUUGAGUGACAGAUCCUAAGAUUUACUGGAUGCAGUUAUAAUGGACACAAACAGGGGGCAGUAGUUAUCAACCUUAGAGACCUUGACAGAAUUACAUGGCUCUUAUCCUUAGAUGUCAGUUUCCCAUUUAUGUUUGCUCAUGCUUUUUGGAUGUUUAAAGCUGACUUAUUCUUCCUCUUUCCCCCCAAAUGCACAGCUUGAGUCGUGUUCUGUUUUCUUUGUGAAAAUCUAAAAGUGCUAAGCAGAUCCUCAGGUAAACAUUUUAAAAGAAGUUCUCUGUCUGAGGCCUUUUUAUUUCGGUCUACACAAUAUUUAUCAAAUUCUUACCCUAAUCAUUGUUCAGCUGUUGUGAACCUUCAGGGUAGUGAUGUUCCUUUGAGCAGAGCCUUUUUAUAAUUUGUCCUGUGAUGAUCAGCAUGCAUCUGGUUCAAUCACAUGACCCUAAAAACAGUGAAUAAAUAGCCCAGUAAUCUGUUGUCAGUUUUUCACCAGCGCAUGUGUGUGCACAUGUACUCCAUUAAAGUCUGCAUAUGGAUUUAAAUGUUUAAAAGAAAUAGCUGAUGGAAAAGCAAUGUAGUGGGUACUGUAUGUUGAACUUGACUUUCUUUGUAUGACUGAGGUAAUGUACGAGUAUGUGUUGUGGGGUCCAGUUGAGGAUGAAAUAAAGCCUACAGACUGUU